AAAGAGCAGUUCAAUUGAAACUUCCGGGCACAAACGUCGGCGUAUUGGCGGAAUCGCCAUAAGUCGGGCUUCUUCGUUUCUGCCCGAACAGAGAAGGCUUGAGCGCGACGCUUCUCGUCUCUUUUGAGACUCUCCUCCUCCGAACGUUGCCACCGCGCCUUCGCCGUCGCCACCUGCCGUUGUGCUCCGUCUCUAUCCAAGCUCCGCGACAGCGCCCAAGUCCCGUCGCCGCCUUCCCCCCUUCUCCCUCUCUCUCUCUCUCUCUCUCUUGGAUUUGGUGCAGCUAUUACCUAAGCUUAGAUGGCUUCCGAAGCUGGGUGGUACAUUCUCGGCGACAAUCAGCAGAACGUUGGCCCUUAUGCCUCCUCCGAGUUGCUCGCUUCCCCUUAUAAGGAGUGCGAUUGGAUGUUUUGGGCAGAGCAUUUGAAAAACGGGUAUCUGUCUGAGAGUACACUCGUGUGGGCUGAAGGAAGAGCUGAUUGGCAGCCUCUCUCUUCUAUCCCUGAGCUGAUGCUCCCCUGUUCAGAUAAUGGGGAUGAUUCCCAAAACCCCCCAGCCGUAUUGAACAGCGAAGACGAGUUUGAGAAAUGGCAAAGGGAAGUUAGAGAGUCCGAGGCGGUGGGGUCGAAUAAUGGAUCUCUUUCCAUCGGUGUUGGUGCUGGCUUUGAGGAAGAAGACCAUAACCGGCCUUCGACACCACCAGAGGGUGAGGAAGAGUUUGUUGAUGAUGAUGGAACUAGAUACAAGUGGGACCGUGGUCUCCGAGCAUGGGUUCCUCAGGAUAACAUCUCAGCGAAUACGGACGGCUAUGGGUUAGAAGAAAUGACUUUCCUGGAAGAAGAGGAAGUCUUCCCUACUGGAAAUUUGGAUGAACCUACGAAGGAAGAAGUCCAUGAACCGGCUGAUAUAGCUGCAGCAAAGACUGUCAGUGAUUCGCAGGAAGCAAAAUCUAAUGCUAAGAGAAAACUGCCUGAGAAGGAAGCCUCCAAAAAGGAACCAAACAAGCCACCCGAUAGUUGGUUUGAAUUGAAGGUUAACACGCAUGUAUACGUAACUGGGUUGCCUGAGGAUGUCACUAUGGAGGAAGUGGUGGAGGUUUUUUCCAAGUGUGGAAUAUUAAAGGAGGAUCCUGAAACAAAAAAGCCUCGUAUUAAGAUCUAUGUUGACAAAGAAACUGGAAGAAAAAAGGGAGAUGCCCUUGUCACUUAUUUGAAGGAGCCCUCAGUUGCCCUAGCCAUCCAAAUAUUGGAUGGAGCACCUUUUCGCCCUGGUGGCAAGGUACCAAUGUCAGUUAGCCUAGCUAAGUUUGAGCAGAAAGGCGAUAAAUUCUUUUCUAAACAAGUGGACAGCAAGAAGAAAAAGAAACUGAAGAAGGUGGAAGAGAAGAUGCUUGGCUGGGGUGGGAGGGAUGACGCAAAGGUUUUAGUUCCAGCUACUGUUGUCCUUCGAUAUUUGUUCACACCUGCUGAAAUGAGGGCUGAUGAGAAUUUGUGCCCCGAACUGGAGGAAGAUGUCCGAGAGGAAUGUGUGAAAGUUGGUCCCGUAGAAUCUGUGAAGGUAUGUGAGAAUCAUCCCCAGGGUGUUGUUUUGGUGAAAUUUAAAGAUAGGAAAGAUGCUGAAAAGUGCAUCGAAUUGAUGAAUGGAAGAUGGUUUGGGGGUAGGCAGAUACAGGCCAGCGAGGAUGACGGUUCUGUCAACCAUGCUGUAGUCCGGGAUUUAGCUGAGGAUGCAGCGAGGUUGGAGCAGUUUGGGGCUGAACUGGAAGCUGAGUGAGCUCUGUCGAAUGCGCACUUCCAAAUGCGCUAUCGUGCACCUUCUGAUGUCAGUGCCCCACCGCAUGGAAUCUGGAGUCGCCGGCAAGUUCUUUACUUGUACAGAAGAGAGCGUGUCUAGAGGAUGCAAGGAACUGAAGUGAUUUUGGGGAUAAGUCUUUUUAUUUCAACUAUUUGAGCUGUCCUGCAUUUCUGCAUUCAUCUGGUUCCAUUCCUGAUGCUCCCUUCCAAAUCUGGGAGUUAUGCGGAUGAAAGCUGAACUAAUUUUGGGUUUACUUUAGACCAAAAUCUGGUGUGAUAGCACUAGCUGCUUAGCCCACCGAAUGUUGUUUAUACUUGUUUUUCAUCAAUUUCAUUACAUAUAUAGUCAUGAGUAAAUAUCACAUUAAUCAAUUGCAGUUGCUAUGGACACAUUUCACUUA